GCGGCUUUUUGGCGUCACCAAUCGCACGUGCCACCGACCAUACUUGUUUCCGGUCGUCGUUGCUGCUGCCAAUUGAAUUUCCUCAGGUUGGAGCAACUCUCCCAUUAUAAUAUAUGUGGGGAUGAUGGCGCAUGGUGAGAAUAUGAUUGUGCAGAAUCGCCAAUUACGGAAUGCUACGCGAGUAAGGAUUUAUGCAAUCUUGGCGAAGAAGAUAGCUCCAAGGAGUGGUGAUGGUGUCUCUCAACUGCAACAAAAGUUGUUGCUUUUCACAAACUGGGUAGACGCUAAGCUGGUCAUGGUGGCCAAAUCAGAGAGGGACUACGCAAACCUGGAAGAUCUUGAACCCCGCAUUGAUUCUCUUCUCAGAUCAGCUAUACGGCACCAGCAGCAGCAGCGUGCUGCAAGUGCUGUCCCACUCACUGGAGGUGACUGUUUUUGGAGUGACACUUGUUUAUGAAUACACAUAUAUAUAUAUAUAUAUAUAUAUCCUCUUCUCACUCUUUCUUCUUCUGAUGCAGCUUUUCCUGCUUCAUCACCCAAUUACCAGAUGGUUGACGUUUCUAGGCCCAACAAUUUUACUCACCACUUGCCUACUUCAUCUCUACCUUUCGCUGCUUCUGCUAAUCCCUACGGAGUUGUAUCCUCAUCAAUGCACCCCAAUCCCAAUCCUGUGCUGACUCUUGACCCUACCUUCACUAGUAAUCUCUCGAAUCCGCAACCAAUGCCACACACUCCAUUGCUAAAUCAUCAUCAUCAUCAUCUCGGGAAUCAAGGUAAUUUCGCUCAGGCGAGGCCACCACUCUUUCACCAGCAAGCCCAAAGGCAACAUUCUCAACAACCGCUCUUCUAUCCUGCUCAACUGCAAAAUCAACAUCAAUUACAAUACGAUCAGACUCAGCUUGCUCCUCCUCUCAAGCAUGGAUUAAGCUUGGACGUAUACAAAGAAGCUCUCCAGAAACAGGCCAUUAAUGGAUUCAUACCAUCCAAGUUGAAUCCUGGUGCCCAAAUUGCAUCUACUCAGCUGCCGCAUCCUCCCUCGGCAUCAGUCCUGGUUCCAACGCAGCCAGCUCUACAGAACUCGACGAACAAUCAUGGAGAGAGACGACAACAAGAUACUGGGGCUAGCUUAUGUCCUAUGCAGCCCCAAGUUGUCCAUCCCUGCUCUUCUGCAAGAGCCCCUAUAAUCGCCCAAACUGCUGAGAGCAAACGUCUUCCGGAUGCAUCAAGCUGUAAACAGGUCAACGGAGACGAUAUGCAACAGAUUCGGUGGCUUCUGUUGCUGAUCCAUGCACGUUAUUGCAGCGCAGAACAAGGUAAGUGUAAGAGCGAGUUCUGCUUACCUGUCCAAAAGCUAUGGGAACAUAUGAAACGCUGCAAGGUCCCUGACUGCACAUAUCCACGCUGUCCUAAAACUCGGAGAUUGCUUAUUCAUUACACCACCGAGUGCAGGAACAAAUCGUGCCCUGUCUGUGUACGCGUCAAAAAAUUCAUAAUGAAGCAUAAACGUCGACCCAGUGAAUCUAUAUCUGUUGAUGAGGAUCUGCAACCCCCAGUUAAGCGCCUGAAAAUAGAGCAACCUGAGACGGAGACAGAGAGCAUUUCGGUGUCAGUAUGUGGUCAUGCUAGUUCAAUCGGUAAGCAAGAAAGAGAUGGUCUGCAAAGUGAUGACUACAAAAGUGUCAGAGUUGAGGUUAGGCCUAUGGACGUAGAUGCUGCUGCUGAAGAUAUUCCCAAGGGCAGGGAUGAUGGUGAAUCUGCUAUGGAUGACAAAAAAGACAGAGUUGAGGUUAGGCCUACGGACGUAGAUGUUGCUGAAGAUAUUCCCAACAAAAGUGUCAGAGCUGAGGUUAGGCCUAUGGACAGAGAUGUUGCUGAAGAUCUUCCCAAGGGCAGUGAUGGUGAUGAAAAAAACGCUUGUUUACCAAAGGAAGAGAAUGUGGACGCGUCCAAGAUGGAAAUCUCCUCACUCGUUGAAUUGUUUACUCCAGAGCAAGUCAAGGAGCAUAUCCGCGGCCUUCGUCAAUGGGUAGGCCAGAGUAAAACCAAGGCUGAGAAAAACAAAGCAAUGGGGGGAUCCAUAUCUGCGAAUGCUUGCCAGUUAUGUGCUGUUGAGAGGCUCGUAUUUGAGCCACUGCCUAUUUACUGCUCACCCUGUGGUGUACGCAUCAAGAGAAAUGCCUUUCACUAUAGUGUUGCGGCUGGUGAGUCAUGGCAUUAUGUCUGCGCUACUUGCUACAAUGAAUCCCGUGAAAACUCUGUUUCUGUUGAUGGAACUUGUAUACCAAAAGCAAGGCUUGAGAAGAAGAAAAAUGAUGAACAAGUUGGAGAAGGGUGGGUGCAAUGUGAUAAGUGUCAAGCGUGGCAGCAUCAAAUUUGUGCUUUAUUCAACAGCCGAAGAAAUCAUGGCGAAGCCACCAAGUACACUUGUCCUAGUUGCUAUAUACAAGAGGUGGAACAGGGAGAAAGAAGACCUUUGCCACAGAGUACCAUUCCAGGGGCAAAAAGUUUACCAGUUACUAGUCUUAGCAACCACAUAGAGCAGCGCUUAUUCAAAAACUUAAAGAAGGAAAGACAAGAGAGGGCUAGACUUGAAGGAAAAAGUUACGAGGAGGUCCCUGGAGCCGAAUCACUAUCUGUCAGAGUUGUGGCAUCGGUUGACAAAGUAUUAGAAGUGAAGGAGCAUUUCCUUGAGCUUUUCCGAGAAGAAAACUAUCCAUCUGAAUUCCCUUAUAAGUCCAAGGCCAUAUUGUUGUUUCAGAAGAUUGAGAGUGUGGAAGUAUGCUUAUUUGGCAUGUUCGUCCAGGAAUUUGGAGCAAAAUGUGGACCUCCGAAUCAGCGGCGGGUAUACCUUUCGUAUCUGGACUCGGUUAAGUAUUUCAGACCUGAGGUUCGAACAGUGUCUGGAGAAGCCCUUCGCACGUUUGUGUACCAUGAGAUUCUGAUUGGUUAUCUCGACUAUUGUAAGAAGCGUGGUUUUACAAGCUGCUACAUAUGGGCAUGCCCCCCACUCAAGGGUGAAGAUUAUAUUCUAUACUGUCAUCCUGAAAUCCAGAAGACGCCCAAGACUGACAAACUAAGGGAAUGGUAUUUAGCAAUGCUAAGGAAAGCUUCAGAGGAAGAUGUGGUGGUCGAAUGUACAAACCUCUAUGAUCACUUCUUUGUGCAGCCUGGCGAGUGUAGAGCUGACGUAACUGCUGCAAGGUUGCCGUAUUUUGAUGGGGACUACUGGCCAGGUGCUGCUGAGGAUUUGAUCAAACAAAUGAGCCAAGAAGGUGAUGGUGGGAGUGGGACUAAGUUAAAUCGAACCAAAAAGGUCAUUUCCAAGAGAGCCCUUAGAGCAGUUGGCCAGUUGGACCUCUCUGUUAAUGCCUCCAAGGAUCUGCUGAUGAUGCAAAAACUCGGUCAGAUCAUCUGUCCGAUGAAGGAAGAUUUUAUCAUGGUUCAUUUGCAACAUUCCUGCAAGCACUGUUGCUCUCUCAUGGUAUCUGGGAAUCGCUGGGUGUGCAAUCACUGCAAGAACUUUCAGAUCUGUGACAAGUGUAACCAAAUGGAACAGAAGCGCGCAGAAAAAGAGAGACAUCCAAUCAAUCAGAAAGUGAAGCACACACUGUCUCCUGUGGCCAUCAAAGGCGUUCCCUUUGAGAUUGAAGACGAAGAUGGCAACAUCGAGAGCGAGUUCUUUGAUAACAGACAAGCUUUCCUGAGUCUUUGCCAAGGCAACAACUAUCAGUACGACACACUAAGGCGGGCGAAACAUUCAUCCAUGAUGAUACUCUAUCAUCUUCACAACCCAAGUGCCCCUGCAUUCGCAACGACAUGCACCAUCUGCCAACAAGAAGUUGAAAAUUCUCAAAUCUGGCACUGCCAAGUUUGUACGGGCUAUGAUGUCUGCAAUGCAUGUUACCCUAAGGCGUCUACAAACCAUUCACAUAAGCUGAUAAGCCGUUCGUCUGCUACGGAAACUAGUGUACAACAGAACGGGCAAGCUAACCAAACCGAGCUUGAGAAGGCAAGAGAACUGCUGGUACACGCAAUUGCAUGCCGCUCUCCAAAGUGUCUAUAUGGAAGGUGUCAAGAUAUGAAAAGACUGUUCAGACAUUGUGUAGCAUGUAAGAUUGGUGCUGCAAAUUGCCGCCAUUGUAAGAGUUUUGGGAGACUCCUCAAACUCCAUGCCCGCUGCUGUAGAGAUCCUCAGUGCACUGUCCCUAAAUGCAGAGACUUCAGAGCGAUUAGUAGUAGACAGCAGCGGCAGUCAGACAAAAGGCGUAGAGCCGCUGUAAUGGAGAUGAUGCAGAAAAGGGCUGCUGAAGCCACCCAAACUUGUUCCUGAAGCCAUCUGAUCAAGACAUGCUUGCUCCUCAAUCUGAUAAACAAGAAAAGGUUCUUUUGUUGGCUUUGGGGUGUAUAAGCAAGAAGUAGAAGCAAACAAGGAGCUUAGUCGUCUCUUGAGCAGAGCUGCUAAUUAUAAGUUAGAUUAGAGGAGGUACAUAUAUAUAUAUCUAUGGAAUUAAGGUAUAGAUUUCCCAAAUGAAAGAUGUAGGUUUUUUGGUGAAUCUUUGAUUUUGACAUCUAUAUUCAUGUUCUUUGUAUUCGCUGCGAACUUUCAUCUUAUUUGUCUAUCGAUUCUUUUUGUAAAUAACGAUGGGAACAUGACAAUAUAUUUCCUUCAUUAA